GGAAAAUAUCGCCUAGAAUAAAAGAAAGUUGGUUGAUAAUUAACAGGUAAAAGACUAAAAGGUAUAUCGUUGUUCCACAGUUCCUUUCUUGAAUAAAUUAUGCUCGUAAAAUAUCAUUGCAUAUUGGUAUUUUAAAAAUACGAAUAGGAGGAUUUCUCCUUCUGACUGAGAGACGUGUUUGUGUAAAUAUGUUCAUAAUAAGAUAUGUCCUUAGUAAAUCAUUAUUACCAUGUUUCCAUGUUUUGGAUAAAAUGAGAAUAUGAUUUACCCGGCAUUAGGAUGAAACAUUUUCCUACGGAGAAACAAAAUUUUACUGUCUUGGCACAGAAAAUUCAGCGAUAUUUCCUCAUGUAAGUUCCCGCUACCUACUCCGAGGACCUCAAGUGUUUCUCCGCCCCGAUAAUUUACAAAUAAAGCAAAAUUACCAUGUUGGCGUUUGUACACUUUAAAUAAUGGCAGAAAAAACAUCACCUCGUACAUCAAAGUCCGUAAUCUGCAUAUUUACUUAACUUAAAUCAAACCUGUACAUUCUGAUUAUCGAGUUUGUUGUGUGCGUAAACGACAAACAUUAUGAAUCGACCCUUGAACCAUACAGUUUUAUUUACUUACUGAUUGGAGACGACCAAUCUUCAGAAGGAAGCACGAGACUUAAAAGUGGCCCCCUCCCUCUUAAUAGGCAACGGGGCGGAGCUACAGAUCUAUCCACUGCGAGUGAAAGUAUCACUUCUGUAUAACGGGAUAAUAUUGUUAUAAGAGUUUAUUGUGCGAUUGUUCUCCCUGAUUGAAUGUUGUGAUAUGCGACAACUAUUGCCGAACUAUUGAGCACUUUGACUAUGAUCUUGGCGUCUCUUGCUUUUGGUUCUUUAUAAUUUGGACCAUAUGGAAAAAGAUACCGCCUAGUGAUUCGUUGGACACUCUCUACUAUGAAGAGCUUAUGAUACACAUUUUCUAGGAAGGCAUUGAACGAGGAACAUAAUUUUGUGAAUGACAGUCGAUUACAGACAAGCAAUUGUAAAUUGUUGGGACUCCAUCAUGAUCCAUCCGAACUCACAACAUUCCGCCUUAGUAAACGCUAUGACUUCACUGUACGGCCCCCACUUGCACCCGUCCGCGUCCCCACCAGUCGCCGCUCACUCUCAGACUAACACCUCACCCACAGGACCCUCAUCCUCGUUCCGUAUUGAUGACAUUCUGAGGACUUCGCCAAACUCCACAUCAAGUGCUUCCAAUUCUUUAAGUGGACUUGCAAAACCAACGCCCAUCAACCCAGCAGCUCUGCACGCCUCGGGGGUGCUGACCGCACCCUCCCUGUAUAAACCGAUGUCAAUGUAUGACCACACCAUGAUUCCACAGUCCCCCUAUCUCCCCUCCCACGUCUCCUAUACCAAUGCUCUCAUGAGUCACAUGUACCCCAUGCCAUACAUGAGGCCAGAAUACGCAUUGUUAGACCGCCAUGCAUUUUCAAAAGUGGUUCCCAAACCUUUUCUAUGGAACCAUUUUAUGCAGAGACCUCUACACAAGAGAAAAGGCGGACAAGUCAGGUUUUCUAAUGACCAGACAGUGGAACUAGAAAAGAAAUUUGAAUCCCACAAGUAUCUGUCACCGCCAGAGAGAAAACGACUGGCAAAAACCCUGCAGCUAACGGAGAGACAGGUGAAAACUUGGUUUCAAAACAGACGUGCUAAAUGGAGAAGAUUAAAACAGGAGUCCCCUACGAAUGAAAAACAAGGUGAAUCUUCGGCAGAUAAAAGUGUAAGUGACAACGCAGAAGACUCGGAGGAAAGAAACCGGUGCACGACAGACGAGGAAGAUUUUGAUUUAGAGGACAGUGACGAUGAAAUUGACGUAGAAAACGAAAGUGCGGAGAAAUAGCGAUAAAUUUUUCAAAUGCCUUAGGAUGAAGGGAUUGGAAAUGGAUUCACCUUGACAGGAAGUUGAAAUAUUAUAAACUAAGGUCAACAACGAAUGUUUUCGUGAAUUUUCUCUGCUGUCAAUGUUUAGAUUUACAGAAACAUGCAGAUGAUAUUUCCGAAACAAAUGAUUAGCUUCCGUUGCAUAAAACGUGUGAACUGACUUUGAAAUGAAGAGAAUUGAACGUUUCAAUUUUACGUUAAAUAUGUGCAUUAGCGGCGAUUUGAAUGGUGCAAUUGAACAUUUUGUAUUUAUUUCCGUUCUGGUCUUCCUAUGUUAAACUAUGCAAUAAAAAUGUUGAACAAUAUACGACAUAGAAUUCCGGAACAUAAACAGUUUCAUACCAUAGAAUUGAAGUUUUGUUUGAAAUAAAAGCUAAUACAAGGAA